UCCCGCCCCUCAGUGUCUUCCGGCCGCCAUCGUACCAGUUCCCCGAUGCUGUCCAGGACUGUCUGGGCUCUCUGUCCUGCGUCUGCCAUCAUGAGUACUGGCACCUUCGUCGUGUCUCAGCCGCUCAACUAUCGCGGCGGGGCCCGCGUCAACCCGGCCGAUGGCUCUGGCACCGAGAAGGCCUUCGAGCCGGCCACUGGCCGAGUGAUUGCCACAUUCACAUGCUCUGGAGAGAAAGAAGUCAAUCUGGCUGUUGAGGAUGCGAGAGCUGCCUUCAGAACUUGGAAGAAAAAGUCUGGCAUGGAACGCUGUCGGGUCCUUUUGGAGGCUGCCAGGAUCAUCAGGGAGCGGAAGGAUGAGAUUGCUGCUGUGGAAACCAUUAACAAUGGCAAGUCAGUCUUUGAGGCACGCCUGGACAUUGACACUUCCUGGCAGUGCUUAGAGUACUAUGCAGGCCUGGCUGGGUCCCUGGCGGGUGAGCACAUCCAGCUCCCAGGUGGGUCCUUUGGCUAUACCCGGAGAGAACCACUUGGGGUGUGUGUGGGAAUCGGUGCCUGGAACUACCCCUUCCAGAUUGCCUGCUGGAAGUCAGCACCUGCACUGGCCUGUGGUAACGCCAUGAUUUUCAAACCAUCCCCCUUCACACCAGUUUCCGCCCUGCUGCUGGCAGAAAUCUACACACAGGCUGGUGUGCCUCCUGGGCUCUUUAAUGUGGUCCAGGGCGGGGCGGCCACAGGUCAGCUUCUGUGUCAACAUCAAGAUGUGGCCAAAGUCUCUUUCACUGGAAGUGUUCCUACAGGUAGCAAGAUCAUGGAAAUGUCAGCCAAAGGAAUCAAACCCGUGACCUUGGAACUUGGAGGCAAGUCGCCCCUCAUCAUCUUCUCAGACUGUGAUAUGCCUAACGCAGUGAAGGGGGCACUGAUGGCCAACUUCCUUACCCAGGGCGAGGUUUGCUGUAAUGGUACAAGGGUAUUUGUGCAGAAGGAUAUUCUUGAUAAAUUUACUGCAGAGGUUGUGAGACAGACACAGAAGAUAAAAAUCGGAGACCCCCUUCUGGAAGAUACCAGGAUGGGUCCUCUGAUCAAUGGGCCACACCUGGAGCGUGUGCUGGAGUUUGUGCGCUUGGCCAGGGAGCAGGGAGCUAAAGUCUUGUGUGGUGGAGAUCCCUAUGUACCUGAAGACCCCAAAUUAAAAGGCGGCUACUACAUGACACCUUGUGUGCUGACUGACUGCAGAGAUGACAUGACCUGUGUGAAAGAAGAGAUCUUUGGUCCAGUCAUGUCCAUCUUGUCAUUCGACACAGAAGCUGAGGUCCUGGAACGUGCCAACAACACCUCUUUUGGAUUAGCUGCUGGUGUCUUCACCAGGGAUGUCCAGCGUGCUCAUAGGGUGGUAGCUGAGUUGCAGGCUGGGAUGUGCUUCAUCAACAACUACAAUGUGAGCCCCAUAGAGCUACCCUUUGGAGGCUACAAGAAGUCAGGGUUUGGCAGAGAGAAUGGCCGAGUGACCAUCGAGUAUUACUCCCAACUCAAGACAGUGUGUGUGGAGAUGGGGGAUGUGGAGUCUGUGUUCUGACAGCUGGCAGGCCAAAGGAAGAGCACCCAGGCACUCAGCAACACGACUUUCAAAUGUUAAAUGUUGAUUUGGGGGCUUUUGAGAAAAGGCUUUAUUUCCAGCUCAGCCAGCAAGGAGCUGGGAGGCAAAGCUUAGAGCUGCCUCCUU